UCACUCUGAAGCCAAGAGCAGACCUGCUGAGCCUCAAGAAAGAUGAGAACAGAUUCACAGGUGAUUUAGCCUAUUUGUCCCAGGCCAAGGUGGCUGCAUGUGCUAGCUGGAGGCCUCUCUCUCUGCUUCAAGGGUAGCUGAGAUCCACCCCGGAAACUGGCAGGAUGAAGGAGGCAAGUGAGGAGAAGCUGGUGUCUGUGUCCAACCUGGUCACUGUGUUGGAGAAUAGCAGAUGAGGAAAUGGAGACACAGAGAAGUGAGGAUGCCAAGUGCUUUCAGUUAAGUAUCCGGGGCAAUGCUGGGCUGUCUAUUUGGAGGGAAAAGGCUGGGCCAAAUGCGUGGAGUCAUUAGUAGCCCUGGGAGCAUGUGUGUUUGUGUGUGUGUGUGUGUGUGUGUGUGUGUGUUGUGUGUUAUAUGUGACAUCAAUCCAUUCUGCAGGCAUUUCUUAAGCUCAGGACUGUGUUAGGGGCUAUCCCAGGUAGGGUUUCCUGGAUAUAGAUUCAGACAGAGGUUUGCCACAGGUGGUUUAUCAGGGAGAGCUUUGGGAACAACAGCUGUGGGUGUGAGGGAAGCAGGGCUGAGCAGGGGGAGAUUCUGAACUGCAGUGCACCUGCCACAGAGGCCUCAGCCUGUCCCAGGGAGCUCUGGAGCUGGGAUGCCUCUUGGUUGUUCCAACUGAGGCAGAGGGCUGCGUAUUUGUAUCUCCAUGUGAACUGGACAAGACACUCUGGGUGAGGCAGCUCUCUCUUCCAGAGAGUGAUUCCCAGAGAGGGACUCAGCCAAUAAAUUACCCGUCAGCCCCCAGUACUACCAGCAGCUGGUGGGGAUGGUGUGGGGAGGCCUCACUCCUGAAGGAGGGACAUGGGCGGCACAGGACAGCAUCCUACAGGAACUGUAGAGGAUGAAGAAGCGUUUCUGUAUUUGGAUGCUGAACUCAUCCAAUAACCAUGAUGCAAGGUCAAUAGAUGCAAGACAAUAGAUGUCCUAGGAAUGACCCGGAUGCUGUAUUGAGGCCACUCAUGGCAGGCAACGUUUUCUGUAGGCUUCAGGGUGGAGAUGGCAUAGAUGUAGACCUAGAAGUCUUCAACUUCCUGAGGACUCCAGAAGCAGCACCCAGAGGCCACAGGCUAGAGGACACACAUCACCACCCUGAGUGCAGGCCUCCCAAGUCCCCAGGUCCAUGGGAGAAGCUGAAUGUUGGGGAGGCCAUGGGGUCUGAGCCCAGGACAGUCAGCAGGAGGUACCUGAACUCCCUGAAGAACAAGCUGUCCAGCGGAGCCUGGAGGAAAUCUUGCCAGCCUGUGACCCUCUCAGGAUCGGGGAUGCAGGAGCCAGAGAAGAUCGUCCAGGAGCUGCUGGAGACAGAGCAGGCCUAUGUGGCGCGCCUCCACCUGCUAGACCAGGUGUUUUUCCAGGAGCUGCUGAGGGCGGCCCGCAGGAGCAAGGCCUUCCCCGAGGACGUGGUCAGGGUCAUCUUCUCCAACAUCUCCUCCAUCUAUCAGUUCCAUUCUCAGUUCUUCCUCCCAGAGCUGCAGAGGCGCCUGGAUGACUGGACAGCCAACCCCCGCAUCGGCGACGUGAUACAGAAGCUGGCCCCCUUCCUGAAGAUGUACAGUGAGUAUGUCAAGAACUUUGAGCGAGCAGCUGAGCUGCUGGCCACCUGGACCGAGAAGUCUCCACUCUUCCAGGAGGUUCUCACUCGCAUCCAGAGCAGCGAGGCUUCGGGCAGCCUGACCCUGCAGCACCACAUGCUGGAACCAGUGCAGAGAAUUCCACGCUACGAGCUGCUGCUCAAGGAGUACAUCCAGAAGCUGCCAGCCCAGGCCCCAGACCAGGCCGAUGCUCAGAAAGCCCUGGACAUGAUCUUCUCAGCUGCCCAGCACUCCAAUGCAGCCAUCACUGAGAUGGAGCGGCUGCAGGACCUGUGGGAGGUGUACCAGCGCCUGGGCCUCGAGGACGACAUAGUAGACCCUUCUAACACCCUGCUCCGUGAGGGCCCGGUCUUCAAGAUCUCCUUCCGCCGCAACGACCCCAUGGAGCGCUAUCUUUUCUUGUUCAACAACAUGCUGCUCUACUGCGUGCCCAGGGUGAUCCAGGUGGGUGCCCAGUUCCAGGUGAGGACCCGCAUCGAUGUGGCCGGGAUGAAGGUGCGGGAGCUGAUGGAUGCUGAGUUCCCCCACUCCUUCCUGGUGUCUGGGAAGCAGCGCAGCCUGGAGCUGCAUGCCCGGUCCCAGGAGGAAAUGAUUUCCUGGAUGCAGGCCUUCCAAGCAGCCAUUGACCAAAUUGAGAAGCGGAAUGAAACCUUCAAGGCUGCGGCCCAGGGGCCUGAGGGAGACACCCAGGAGCAGGAGCUGCAAUCUGAGGAGCUGGGCCUCCGAGCACCACAGUGGGUCCGGGACAAGAUGGUGACCAUGUGCAUGCGCUGCCAGGAGCCCUUCAACGCUCUGACGCGCCGUCGCCACCACUGCCGGGCCUGCGGCUACGUGGUGUGUGCCAGGUGCUCCGACUACCGGGCCGAGCUGAAAUACAACGACAAUAGGCCCAACCGAGUCUGCCUCCACUGCUACACAUUCCUCACCGGAAACGGAAACGCGCUCCCCGAGGCCAAGGAGGACAAGAGGCGGGGCAUCCUGGAGAAAGGGUCCUCAGCUACGCCUGACCAGAGCCUGAUGUGCAGCUUCCUGCAGCUCAUCGGGGACAAGUGGGGCAAGAGUGGCCCCCGGGGCUGGUGUGUGAUCCCUCGGGAUGACCCCCUCGUGCUCUAUGUCUACGCUGCCCCUCAGGACAUGAGGGCUCACACCUCCAUCCCCCUGCUGGGCUACCAGGUGACUGUUGGGCCCCAGGGGGACCCUCGGGUCUUCCAGCUACAGCAGUCAGGCCAACUCUACACUUUCAAGGCCGAGACGGAGGAGCUGAAGGGCCGCUGGGUGAAGGCCGUGGAGCGGGCGACCAGUGGAUGCAGUCCCAGCUGGCCCAACGACGGGGACCUGUCCGACUGAGCCACUGCCAGCCACUACCAGCUGCUCUCCUGCCCACCUCUCCCCACCCUGAACCCAGCUCCUGCCACAGACUGACCCUGUGGCCUCAGGACCCACUGGCCCAAGUGGUGCUUUCACAGAAUUGAUUCAGCCGUCUGCGCUCAGGC